CUGGUUUUAGGUGUGGUCACGGGUACUGCUUAGACACUUCCCAUGAUGGAUCACAAGUGCCCAGAAAUUACCCUCAGGGUUAUUCUGAGGGUAGCACUGGGAUGAACUGGGCUGACUGUCCACAAAGGGGAGAGGAUCCUCAGUUCUGCCUGAAGUUCUCCCCCAGGCUCUCACCCCCGGAAGGCCGAGCCCAGUAGGACGUGCAGCCCUGGCCCUGCUUCUGUGGGCAGAGCCCAGGCUGACGUGCCAAACCUGCUCGUCAGCCACUUCGAGCCCAGCCUGGGACUGUGCCUUAGUCACCGCUGCUGCGCAGGGAGAGGAAGGCCAAUGCGGAGUGUAUCCUGUGAGCAGACGGCAGAGGGACAAUGAACAGGCUUUGGUGCCUGAACUUUGAUUUUCAGAACUGGUCACGUGGCUUGCCAUAGUUGUCACUUCUGCUUGGAACUGGUUUGGCUUCCAGCCCUUCCUGUCCAGCCCUGUCCCACUAGCAGCCUGCGGGGAAAGGGGGAAAGGAGCCAGCGGCACACCGGCUUGGGCCUCUUGAAGCUGAGCCCGCUGCCAAGCGCUCAUGCAGACGCGAAUGUGAACCUCUCCUGGAAAAGCUCCAACUGACACAGAAAGCAAAUUGGGAAAGCGGAUUGAAUGAAAAUCCAGCCCCCAAGGCCAUUCCUUUGGAUCUUCACUGUCCCCUUCCAGAGCCCUCCCGGCCUGAGUCAUGGCGGAGCUGUGCCGCACAGACUCCACGCUCAUGGCCCUGGACGAGGACACGCUGUGGGAGCUGAUGGAGAGCCACCGCUACAAGAUCGUGCGGAGCAUCCACCCCAGCCGCCUCACCCCCUACCUGCGCCAGGCCAAGGUGCUGGGCCAGCUGGAUGAGGAGGAGGUCCUGCACAGCCCCCGCUUCACCAACAGCGCUAUGAGAGUCGGGCACCUGCUGGAUUUGCUGAAGACUCGAGGGAAGAACGGGGCCCUUGCCUUCCUGGAGAGCCUGAAGUUCCACAACCCCGAUGUCUACACGCUGGUCACUGGCCUACAGCCCGAUGUGGACUUCAGCAACUUCAGCGGCCUCAUGGAGACAUCCAAGCUGACUGCAUGCCUGGCCGGGGCCAUUGGCAGCCUGCAGGAGGAACUGGCCCAGGAGAAAGCCCAGAAGGAGACGCUGCUGCAGCAGUGCCAGAGGCUGCAGGAGCGCCUGGGCUUGGCCGAGGCUCACGUCGAGGGCCUGCGCCAGCUGGAGGCCGACCACAGUCGCAUGAAGCACGAGGCCAGCGCCCACUUCCACGAGGUGCUGAAGCUGAAGGACGAGAUGCUGAGCCUCUCCCUGCGCUACAGCAAUGCGCUGCAGGAGAAGGAGCUGGCCACCACGCGCUGUCGCAGCCUGCAGGAGGAGCUGUACCUGGUGAGGCAGGAGCUGCAGCGGGUGGACAUGGUGUCCUCCUGUGAAUGGGAGUUCCGAGAGCGAUCCCUGAAGAUGGCCAGCACCCUGGAGUCGGGGGACGAGGAGCUGAGCCGCCUGAAGGAGGAGAACGAGAAGCUCCGCUCGCUGACCUUCAGCCUGGUGGAGAAGGACAUUCUGGAGCAGAACCUGGACGAGGCCCUGGAGAGUAAGCAGGAGCUGGUGGCCCGCAUCCACUCACUGCGGGAGCGGGCGGUGGCCGCAGAGAGGCAGCGAAAGCAGUACUGGGAGGAGAAAGAGCAGACCCUGCUGCAGUUCCGGAAGACACAGGUGGACUGUGAGCUGUACAGGGAGAAGAUGAGCACGCUUCAGGAGCAGGUGGCCGAGCUGCAGAAGGAGCGAGACCAGGCAUAUGCUUCGAGGGACGGAGCCCAGAUGGAGAUUUCUCAGAGCCUGCUGGAGAAGGACUCCCUCCGCAGGAAAGUGUUCGAGCUCACCGACCAGGUCUGUGAGCUGCGUACUCAGCUGCGCAAGCUGCAGGCAGAGCCGGAGGCUCCGCCCAAGCAGGAAGCUGAGCCCCGGGCGGCCUGUCCUCGGGGAAAGCAGAAGCUGACACGGAUGUACGCCGUGUGCCCUAGGGAUGACAGUGACAGCAGCCUUCAGGGCUCCACCGAGUCACAGCUCUGGGGGGACCUGAGCACCACGUCUAGCCGUGAGCUGUCCGACAGCUUCCGCUCCAGCAGCCCUGUGCCCCCCAGCCAGCAGUCCCUGUACAAGCGGAUGGCAGAGGCCUUCCGGGAAGACCCCGAGUCUUUAAGCUUCCCAGAAAUCCUGGAGGUGGACCCGGGAGUCCUUCCAGGGCCUAAGGGUGAAGAUACAGAACUGGAUUACGAGAUCCUCGACAAGGCAGCUCCCGCUUUCGUCCCAGACCUGCCCGAGUCCGAGGGCAGCCUGCAGUGGUCUCCCAGAAGCCUCGACAUCUCAGAAAGCAGCGUCACAGCCACUGUGCGGCGGCGGAGGCCAGCGCGAAAGAUCCUGAGUCAGGUCACAGUGCUGGCGUUCCAGGGGGCCGCGCUGCUGGAGCAGAUCAGGGUCAUUGGCGGGAACUUCACAGGCAUCUUCAUUCACCGGGUCACCCCGGGAUCAGCAGCAGAUGAGAUGGCCUUGCGCCCAGGCACCCAGAUUGUGAUGGUGGACCAUGAGGCGUCAACACCCUCGUUCAAGGCCACCCUGGAGAAUACCACCCUGGAGCAGGCAGUCAGGCUCCUCUGCAGGGUGACUGGCUUCUGCUGCCUGUCCGUGAAGGUCAACACUGAGGGUACAGGUUAUAAGAAGCUGGUCCAGGACCUGGAGGCCAAAGUGGUAACCUCAGGGGACUCGUUCUACAUCCGGGUCAACCUGGCCCUGCAGGCGAGGGCUGAGGGGGAGCUACAGGUAUAUUGCAAUGACAUCCUGCACGUCACCGACACCAUGUUCCAGAGCCGCAGCUGCUGGCAUGCACACCGUGUCAACCCAUACACCAUGAAGGCUGCAGAGCGUGGCACCAUCCCCAAAUACUCACAGGCUCAGCAGCGCCUCAUCGCCCUCAUCCAGGACAUGACUCAGCAGUGCACGGUCACCCGCAAGUCUUCCGGGGCCCCGCAGAAGUUGGUGCGCAUUGUGAGCGUGGACAGAGCCAGUCCCGGAAGGUCGUCCUGUGACGAGGGCCAGCUGGACCCCGGCAGGGUAGAAGACCAUGCCAGCGUGUGCUUCUGGGCAGAGAGCUGCUUCACCCUGGCGCCCUACACCCAGGUGCACCCCCACAGGCCCAGCCGGCCCCGGCCCGUGAUCUUCUUACCCAGGAUGGUUGGGAAGAUCCUGAGCAGAAAGCUGUGCCUCCUCCAAGGAUUUAAGAAGUGCUCGGCAGAGUACCUGAGCCAGGAGGAAUAUGACUCCUGGAGCCAGAGAGGGGACAUUGUCCAGGAGGGAGAGCCGUGUGGUGGCCACUGCUGGGUGACCCGCCAAGCUGUGGAGUCGCUCAUGGAGAAGAACACCCAUGCCCUGCUGGAUGUCUGGCUGCACAGUGUCUGCAUCCUGCACAGGAUGGACAUCUUCCCCAUCAUUGUCCACGUCUCCAUCAAUGAGAAGACGGCAAAGAGACUCAGGAAGGGCCUGCAGCGGCUCAGUAUCUCAGAGGAGCAGCUCCUGGAGGCUGCCAGGCAGGAGGAGGGGGACCUGGACAAAGUGCCCUGCCUGUACAGUAGCCUAGCCCCUGACAGCUGGAGUGACCUGGAUGGGCUGCUGAGCUGUGUUCGCCUGGCCAUCGCGGACGAGCAGAAGAAGGUGGUGUGGACGGAGCAGAGCCCCUGAUGACGAUGUCACACCCCUCCUGGGGCUGUGGGACCUCUAUGUGCCUGUUAAUGCUGCUUUUCCUUUGAGCCAGGCCCUUGGGGCACAGCUGGGGCUGCCCAGCACACAAGCCCAGCUCUUCUCCCCUAGGGGUCUAACCGUGCACCCUCACCCCACGUGGGUCCUGGUGGUCAAGUCCCCGUACUCGCUCACCCUCUGUGUAAGCCAUUACCACCCUUUGCCAGGGCUGGGUAUGGGCUUCCUGGGGCGCCCUGAGAACAUCUCUGUAGUGUGUGUGGGGCGCUUCCCAAGACUUCCCAGACCUCCUGGGACACCUGAACAAGUGCUUGAUCUGAUUGUGGGGGCUGCUCCUUCCUUUCACAUUCAAGGUGUCAAGGGACACCUUCUGAGCCAACUGGAGCUGCUGCCCCGACCCAAAGCAGAGGCACGGAGCUGUACAGCGUGACCCUGGCUGGCUUUUCUCAGUUCCUGAUGGCUAAGAGCUGCUUUGGUGCUGCUCAGUCACAGACACCUGUGUGUUCAGUUGUGAACCGAGUCCCUGUGACGGCACAGCAGGCCCACAGGUUUGUGCCUUUCGGCCUCCACACCUGGCUCUGGGGACUGUAAGAACGUCCUGGAGAGCUGGCCCCAGAUGCCCCUGACAGGACCAGCAGAGUCUUCCUGGGCUGAGAACUGCAGCCCCCCACCCCGCCCCGCCCCACCGUUGUUGGUGUCCAGCAUUUUCACCCUACCUCCAGGGUGUGGAGAAACUCCACCCAGUCCUGGUGAGCAUCCCCACCUGCCCUUGACUCCCGCCCACUUAGUGUUGUACACCGAAUGCCAUUCUGACAGUGUCUGCGUCGGCAUGUUAUCCUAGAACUCAAGUUGCUACUGUCAUAAAUGAAUUAAGUAAAUAAAUUUAUAUUUUACUAAAAUAAAAAAUUUUACAGUG